AUGCACAACCACUUCGUGGGUGGAGGUGGCGACUUCCUCAGUGACGACAUCACAUCUGAAGGUCUAUGCGACUCCGAUUCAGAUGACGCAAUGCAAGAAGUUGAAGAGUAUUUCUUCGAGCUGUUGGUGGACAUGGAGAUAGUGACUAGAUUGAGAAGCGCUUAUCCGACCAAGAUCAUACUAGCUCAGGCCUACUCCGAAAUCCAAGCAGAAAUGCGCGUCCUCAUGUUCAUUCUGUUGUUGUUGAUCGCUUUGUGUACCAGUUUACCCUUUCCUCAAUUCGGUGCUGAUGAUUGGGGCAAUACCUAUGUUGGAUCGAAAGAUGCGCACCUCUGGAUAACUUGUGCUACUGCUCGAUGCGCAGGAAAACGAUGA